GUCACUUAUAAACAACGCUAAUUUAAAAAUACCCGGAAGUGAUCUAUGCUGCUAAAUCUUAUUAGUCCAUAAAUUUCCUAGAUUUUAUUCUUUGGACAAAAUUUCUGCCUUCAAAGAACUUAAAAUGAGGAAACAUUCACAUGUAUAUGAUUCACAAAACUCCAAAGAAUUUCAACACAGUGUAUCUGUUAAUUCUUCGAAAUCUGACUCAUUUGCACCAAUAUUUCAUGAAUGUUUUUCUUCAGUUGAACAGCUGUCUGGACCUGUAUCUAAACUGAACGAAAUAAUUCAGGACCUUAUUGACUAUAAAAACGAUGCUGAAUUUGCGGCUAUGACUGCUUCAGAUUUGGCUAAACGUCUCCACUCUAACAUAUCUGCCGAUGAAGCAUUUCAAGUUGUAUCAUAUAUCCAUAAAUUUGCACGUUAUCAAGCUGCGCGUUGUGGAUUGGUGAAUUGUUCUGAGCUUGUUCGAGCUAUUAUUCACAUUCUUCAAACAACUAAAAAUGUUGACCUACAAUCUGAAGCUGCAUUGACACUCCAAUUGUUAACUAAAGCUUUAACUGGUGCUAAAUUAGCCUGUGAAGAGAUUGGUAUUCCACAAUUAGUUGAAAUGUUAAGGCAUCCAUCCGAAGUGAUGUAUACAACUGCUCUUUAUGUAUUAAAUCAAUUAUUAUGGCAUUUACCAAAUUAUUCACGUCCAGAAUUUCGACAUUGUAAUGGUCAACUAAAUCUUAUUUAUUUACUUGAAGCAAAUCGUUUGGAUGAUUCAAAUUGGUUAUUAAUUUGUUUAGAUACACUACGUAUGGCAGUUUAUGAAAGUAGUGAAACAAAGCUUUCUAUUACAUCAACUAAUAUCUAUCAAAUUAUUGUACAUCUUUUGAGAACAUAUCCAACUAAUAUGAAAAUAGCUUAUAAUAUAGCAAGAUUAAUCAAAGUUUUAAGUGUAUGCAAUGAAAAUAAACUAAAAUUAGUUGAAGCUGGCACUGUAGAAGCAUUAACUCCAUUAUUAAAUUGUACUAAUGAAAUAUUACAAUUAGAAACAUUAUGGGGAUUACGUAAUAUUAGUGAUCAAGCUUAUCAUUUAUUGGCUACAAAAAAUCUUAUCCCAAUAUUGAUUAAUUUAUUAGCUAGUAAAAAUGAACAUAUCUCUAUAUGUUCCGCUGGUUGUUUAUGUAAUUUAACUUGUCAAAAUGUACAAAAUAAAAGUUUACUUGUUGAAAAAGGUGGUGUAAAAGUGCUCUGUAGACUUUUAUGUUUAAAUUCAGAUCGUCAAGAGAUUGCAGAACCAAUUUGUUCAGCUUUAAGGCAUGUAACUCAUCGAAAUCCUCAUUCUAAUUCAGCAAUUUAUGAGGUUCGUACCAGUGACACUUUGUCAACUAUUGCUUCCUUAUUCCUGAAAUAUCAAUUUGUAUCCGCCUUACCUUUAUUAAAAUCUGUUGUUGGUCUUAUUCGAAAUUUAUCUACUGUGGAAGUGACACGUCAUGAACUUAAAGAUUUAAAUGUACCAGGAAUGGUAGCAAAUAUUUUCUUACAAACAUUUAAUUCAUUGAAUAAAACCAAUAGACAACAAUAUCAUGGUAUCACUGGAGAAGAAUCGAAUAAUUAUUUAGAAGGUGUAAAUCUUGAAGAUAUGCUAGAAUUAACAUUGGCCGCAUUACAGAUUAUGGCUAAAGAUCAAUCUAUUCAAGAAGAAUUCAUUCAUACAGCAGGUUUAGUUUCAUCUGUUGUACAAUUAGUAUAUUCUCCAUCUGUAUGUUUACAACGUGCUUCAACUGCUUUCUUAAGUCAGUUGUCAACAUCUCGUUCUGGAUGUCAAGCAAUUGAAAAUGAAGGAGCUUGUCCACGAUUUACUGAACUAAUUCAGUCGAAUAAUGAAUAUAUUGCUGCAUAUACUGCAGCAAUCUUACAUCGUAUUGCUCAAGAUAAACCUGAAGCUUAUAGACGUCGAUUAUCAUUGGAAUUACGUCAAUCACUUUUUGAUGGUGGACUACUCAAUGAUCCAAAUGAAAUAGAUCCAUAUAAGUCAAGUCCAUCAAAACUGAUUGAUGGUAUAUCACCAAAUGAUAAUUCACCUCAUAUUACUGAUCGAAGAUCAAGAAAUUUAUCUGAUUCAAGUUUAAGACAACGUUCAAAAUAGAAUAAUGAAUCACUUUUAAUUGUAAGAACUAUAAACCGAUACAAUCUCAGGAACUCAGUUCAAUAUCAUUAACUAACUUACAUCAUUUUGUUGUUUGUAAUAUAUAUAUCGAUUUAAUUUUAAUUUGCUAUAUCUAAUUGAGACGAUAAUUAACUUAUUCACUCUUUCGUUUUUGUUUUUUUUGGAAUCAUUUCCAAAUCGGUCGUUACCUUUAUCCUCAUUAAGUAUCGAUCAUUCAGGGGAAUUCCGAAAAUUGUUUUCGUAUGAUGUUACUUUGAAAUUUCCUUCUGAGAAAAAUAACCAUCCAAGUUAUAUCGACAAUAACGAACCCAGAAUACAAACUGACAUAUGUGUGUAUAUCGAUUCAAAUUGUCACAGUGGAUUAACAUAGCGAGAUACAACAGUUUGGGAAAAUCUGACAGAAGUAGAUGUAGUAAGAAUAUUACUUGCUUACUUAGUUACACCUGUUAUCCCCUAAUGGAGGAGCAUAGACCAUCCAUUGACAUUCCCCAUCAAACUCAGUCUUAUGCGAUCCUUUCCAAUUUCUAUUCAUCCUUUUCAUGUCCGCUUUCAAUUCUCAGCGCCAUUUAUUCUUUGGCUUUCCUCUUUUUUGUUUCCUUUCAGGAUUCCAAGUUAGCGCUUGCCUUGUGAUACAGUUUGAUGAUUUCCGAAAUGUGUGUCCUAUCCAAUUCCAGCAUCUUUUCUUAAUCUCCUCCUUAGUUGGAAACUGGUUUGUUCUCUCUCAUAGAAGUAGUAAUAAUGUUAGUGGUGAUAUAACAGAUGAAUUUAAGUACUUUUCUCUUCCCACGCUAUUAAAAAAAUAUGAUAAUAAGACUACAUUGUGUGACCGAGUUUAUACUAUCGUUAGAUUGAAUACUCGAAGGGGCACCCUAUACAGAUACUAGACAACGUUAUAUCAUAUAUCCGAUUCACCGCCAAUAAUAGAGAACCAAUGUAACGCUAGACGAUACUUUAUUUCAAACAAUUACAGGUGGUCACUUCCAAUGAGUUCGAAGUAGAAAUCAAUAAUAGAAAGGAAAUCACAUAUUCAAAUAAUCAGUAAUCGGAGUUUCUGUAUCUUCAC